GCCAAUAGGAUUAGCAGCAUCACGGCUGCCUGUUGAAUGUGACUUUAACCUUUCACUUUACGAGAAAGCCUGGUGCACGUACAAAAAGGUAACCUGGCAUGGAGCCCUGCGUGCCUUAGCAACUAACACUACUUCGCUCACAAUGUCUUUCCCAACGCGCAGGAAGGACAACGACCUCAAAGUUGUCGCCCAAGAGACCAAGAAACUCUUGCCAUUCGUGUUAGAUCAGCUGCAGCCUAUCGACACGACCACGUCCACUCGCUAUCAUUUUCAAGACCUUCAGCCUCUCGAGCCGUCAGCCUGCCCCCAGCACAAACUUGGCGAGAAUGAUAUCGAGACGGGUAGGCUCGGUACGCGCAUCAAGGUCUUUGAUCAAGACAGCUUCGACGCAGCAAUUGCUCUUCAGCCGGGCACUACGAUUGGUGAUUUCAGGAAGCCCGUUGCCGUCCUGAAUCUGGCCAGCGAGCGCCGUCCCGGCGGUGGAUGGGAGAAUGGUGCACUUGCUCAAGAAGAAGCACUGUGCUACCGAUCUUCACUCUACCUGACCCUCAAGCCGGAGUACUACCCGAUUCCGCCUCUCAGCAGUGUUUACUCUCCUACUGUCAUCAUCAUUCGAGAUGCCCUGGCUCGUGGCCACGGACCCCUUGUCCCAGGGACGGACGCCAAACAACUCGCCGUUACUUCUGUUCUCACGGUGGCGGCGGCCCGAGGACCUAUGGUGGCGAGAGACCAUACUUACCUUUUCAAUGGCGACCGUGAGCUUAUGAAGAGCAAGAUCCGGGUCACUCUGCGCAUGGCUGCCCGAAACGGGCAUACGAAGCUCGUCUUGGGUGCUCUAGGGUGUGGCGCUUUCGGAAACCCGCCCAAAGACGUGGCUCAGUGCUACUUGGAGGUGUUCCGCGAGGCGGAGUUUCAGGGGGGAUGGUGGGAGGAUAUUGUAUUUGCAGUACUCGAUAAUGUGCAGGGAGGAGGCAAGGAGGGUAUUGGGAAUUAUGGGGUCUUCUACAGAGCCUUGAACAAUGUCGUCGUCUAGGACAUUAGACUGGUAGCGGAAACCUUCCAAAUUCUUUUCUUUUUUUGCACGGAUGGUUUGAAGUAGGUUUUGAAUUUCGACAAUUUCUUUGAUGCUGGGACGGCUUUAUAUAGAAUGAAUGUGAGGCGAGUUCUCGGUCUGCGUUCCUGCACUUCUGCUCCAGCAUCUCAUUGAAGGAGGAGCAACAACAAGGGAUGCCAUGCCCAUAUUUGG